AUGCUGACGUUGGUCCUCGUCGUUGUGAGGAGUGCUUCGGAAUAUUCAGGCACUGAACUUUUAUCCGCUGCUUGUAGCCUUCUUAUGGUUUUCUACGCUUACAGAUCACCGUUGGCUCUGAGACGUCAUCUCGAUCAAUGCCGACAAUGCUACAUCGCUCCCAUCCAAAAUGAAAUAAUGGUCUCAGUUCAUUCACCAUUCGAUGCGUUUUCCUUCAUACCUUCGGAAGGUGAAGGAAUGUUCUCAUUUGAAUCGUCGAUCAAGGACAACGGCGGCAUAUAUGACUUAGACUAUCAUGCCACUGCUAGAAGAUCAUCGUUGCCAGUGGAUAUCGAUCCGUUUGACAUGUUCGCGUCGAAGAAAAAAGAGAAGGAAGACGAUGAAGACAGUGGAUUUCGUUCAAGAGUCAAUUCCGUCACCCAGUCCUCUCCUGCAUCGUCGUCUGCUUUCUCAUCGGAGGGUGGGUCGCCGCAAAGGAAAACGAGCACGGCUGAAGUGCCGGAAGUUACCAACUAUACUCUUGGAGGAUACGGCACUGGGCCAACUUACGGUCAACAGUUAUUUCAGCCAUUUGAAUCUAUUGGAGACGGUGCAAACAAUUUUGCUGCAUGA